UGGGUCGGGGCGGGAGUGUCAAAUCUACAUAUUCUCUCUCUCCGUCUCUCUCUCUCUCUCAUCCGUAGAUUCGAUUCAAUCGCCGAUCAUUUCUGGUCCUUCAAUCUCUGUCUCUCUCAUUCACAAUAAUGCUCCCUGAUUUUCAAGGAGUAGUUUUGAGUGGUCAAGAAAUGGAUGGGGACACAUUUUCUGGGGCACAGAUGAUAGAUGGGAAGGUUUUGCAGACAUUUCAGAAGAGCUUUGUGCAAGUUCAGACCAUUUUGGAUCACAACAGGCUGCUAAUCAGUGAGAUUAACCAGAACCAUGAGUCCAAGUCCCCCGAUAACUUGAACAGAAACGUCGGUCUGAUUAAGGAGCUCAACAAUAAUAUCAGAAAGGUUGUGGAUCUCUACGCUGGCCUCUCGACCUCCUUCUCGAAAACCAUGGAUGCUUCGUCGGAAGGUGACUCCAGUGGUGGUGCCGCCUUGAGGUCGUCGGAUGGAAAGGGCGGCUGCCACAAGAGGAACAGGCCCGGUUAGACAGGCUCCCGUGGGCGAGAGUAAGGCUCAUUCUUUUUUUUUUUUUUUUUGUUCGUGCUGGAAAACCCGAAAAAGUUCUUCACAAUUGCCUUUAGGUAGCAGCAGAAAGUCUAUAGAUUUUGUAGCAUAACUCCCCUCUGUCCUAAACCCCCUCCUAGAAAUAAUUUUCAAGAAAUUCUGUUGUGGAAAAGAAAAACAAAAAAACUCUGCUCUUGUUAAUGUGUAUGCAGAUUGCAGAUGUAAUGGAAAGAAGAAUGUUUGUAUCUUCU